AUGCCGUUGACCAGGUAUCAGGCUCGGAACGAGUACGGAUUAGCAGAUCCGGAUCUGUACCAAGCCGCCGAUAAAGAUGACCCUGAAGCUCUGCUCGAAGGUGUCGCCAUGGCUGGUCUCGUUGGUCUUUUGCGUCAACUCGGUGAUCUCGCCGAGUUUGCUGCGGAGAUGUUCCAUGACUUGCACGAGGAAGUAAUGGCAACAGCUUCUAGAAGCCACGGUCUCAUGGCUCGUGUGCAACAGCUCGAAGCUGAGUUCCCUUUCGUAGAGAAGGCAUUGCUCUGCCAGACCGAUCAUUCACCAUUUUUCUCCAAUAAAGGUGAGGAAUGGCAUCCGAAUCUACAAAUGGAACAGAGUGUGGUUACGCGUGGUGACUUACCGCGCUGUGUUAUGGAUUCUUAUGAGGAAUGUCGAGGUCCUCCAAGGCUAUUUCUUCUGGAUAAGUUUGAUAUUUCGGGAGCUGGGGCAUGCUUGAAACGUUACACUGAUCCGUCAUUUGUUAGGCUCGAAACAUCUUCGUACGAAGCAUCGUGGGAUGAUACUCAGAGAGAGAAGAAAUCACAGAAAGCAAAGAGGAGAGCAUCUCAUUGGAGGAAUGGAGGAACUCCAGAAAAUACAUCACAUUCCAAAUUGCAUGAAUUAUUUUUGGAGGAGCAUUUAGAGGCUCAUCAGUCAGAUCCAGCGAGAGUUGUGAAGUUGAAAACUAGAAAGCUAGAUGGUUAUUCCCUUAUUUCAAAGUCAGGGGAAAGCUACAUGGGGAAAUUUGUGCAGACCUCUGUCACUAACAAAACAGGUUAUGAGAUAACUACCACAGACCCUGAAUUGUUGACAUGGAAUAUGGACAGUGCCAAGGACGUAGUUACGGAUAUAACGGAAGUUAGUAUGCCGCGUGCUUUGGAGAAGUCUCACGGAAUAAGCAGAGCAGAGGUUUCAUUGCCAAACGGGCAGGAGAAUGCGGCAAAUGUUAACUUAAAUGUUGGUUUUAUUGAAAAAGACAUAGAGACAGUGCCUGAAUCUACUCGCGAUGAGGUCCCUGGUACAGCUAUUACAAAGGAUUCACAGAGUCAGUUGAAUGGAAAGCCAGGAUUUCUUGAAUAUAGGAGUUAUUCUGAAGAUUUGACCAGUGAAGCUGAUAAUUAUGUGGAUGCUCAAGCCACGAUGGAGUCAGAAACAGAAACAGACAGUGAGUGCAAGCCUAAGAAUACAUCAGAUGCUUUGAAAGAUGAGAGAAUGGAGGAACCAACUCAGUUUUCAUUUGUUCACUCAACUGGAAACACACCGGUGUCAGAAAAUGGGCAACGCUCGGUUGGGAAACGGAGCGCUAGUUUUUCUUACUCGGAUUCUGCUAGCAUGUCCAUAGAUGACCAAUCUGAUGGAGAGAAAUUUUCUGGAAGUUUUGGGAAACGGAGUGCUGCUUCUAGCUUUAAGAGUGAGCUGGUGGAUUCCAUGUCUCACGUUACUCCUGAAGCCAACAAAGUGUCUCAUGAUAUUGAAGUUCAGGAAUCAGUUAGUAGCAGCAAUGCAGAUCGUCAGGCAUCAUUUAGUUCGAAUGAUACAUGUUCAAGUCCAGGGCCAGUCUCUCAGAACGCUGAAUCAUGUUCACUGGCUGUUCAGUCUUUGGCACCAGAAGUCGAUGAAAUUUCGCCAGAACUAGUUACACGUGAUAAAACUAAGGGAGGCAAUGAUGGAAGCGAAGUGGAUCCAAUAAAUACUUCAGGAUCUGGUGAGUCUUUUGAUGUUAAAAACUCGAACUUCCCUUCUGAAACUUCGUCAAUUAGUUCAACUUCUGAAGAAAGCAGACGUGAUACUACCACUGAGAAGAACUGUAUAGUUGAUUUUCCUUCAAUUUUAGGAAACUCAGGCACUAGCCCUCAAGUGGUUGGUGAUAGUCAAACAGGUGAACAGUUACCUGUUGCUGAAACUGAUAUUGAGACAAACUCUACAGUUGCUUGUUCUGAAGGUUUAGCAAACUCAGGCAGCGAUACUAAAAGCUGUGAUGGUAGUAGCCAAACAGGAAUACUGUUGCCAUGCUCAGCUGGGAUGGGGACGGAAGUUUCAUCUGAUAUGCCAUCUGAAGUCUGUGGCCCUAGUACAGUAGAUGAAACUCACGUGAAAGAUACUCUUGAUGAUGAAAUCGAUUGCGUUACAGUGACUAAUGCAGUUGCUGACGUCGAUUCUCAAAACUCAGUUGCUGACGACGAUUCUCAAAAUUCAGUUGCUGACGACGAUUCUCAAGCUUUAGAUGGUGAGAUCUCCAACGAAAAUUCAUGUGCCUUUGGCACUACUGCUGAAGACACACUGGAGAAUGGAAUGUCCAUGCCUGCUGAAGUUGAUAGUAAGCUGACUUCUGAUUUUCAUUCAGGAGGAGAGAAAUUGGUGGGGGAUGCGUCACCUACUUGUAGCAACUUCGAUGAACAUACCUCUGAUAUACACUCCAGUAAUAUGCGUGAUGAAGACACACUAGAGAAUGGAAUGUCCUUUCCUGCUGAAGUUGAUAGUAAGAUGACUUCUGAUUUAAAUUCAGGAGGAGAGAAAUUAUUGGGAGAUGCUUCACCUACUUGUAGCAAAUCCGAUGAUCAUACCUCUGAUAUAGAUUCCAGUGAGAUGCGUGAUGAAGGCUUUCAUGACCUUCCAGAGCUGGACAACGCAGCCACAGACAUUGUCCCGAAUGUGGAGCUUGCUGUGUCUGAUGAUGACGCUGAAACUUCCAGUGGUGAUGUUAACCAUGCAGCUAGGCUGACGUCUACUAGUAUGAUAGGUGCUCUGCCUUGGAUUUCGACCAAUACUUCUCGAUCGUCUUCAAAAGCAGGAGAGAUUUGCGAUGAUACAGUUGUGGAGUCCGACGUGACACUACCAGCAGAAAAUAAUUCAGAGUCAGAGCAAAAACUGCAGAAAAGCCCAUCAGAAGUGUCUUCAGAAGGUCUAGGCACUGCCCUGGAGAACAAUGACCUGGGAGAUUGUGAAUCUUUAGGUCUCAUGACAUCUCUGGAUCAAAGCGACAGAGACACAGAAACCGAAUCUCCUAGUAAGAGCAUUCUUGUUGAUAAUUGCGUAGAUAAUUCACCAGUGAAUAAUCUGAACAUCUUGGAGAGUGUGACUACAGAGCAGCCACUUGAAAUGCAAACACCUUGUGCAAGCCAUGCAUCUGGAGAUGGAGAUGAGGAACUGCUGCAGUCAAGUGUUUCCGAGGGCUUCGAGUUUUUACCACUAUCAGCAGGCUUGGAAUUUGUACCACAAUCAGAAGGUGUAGAAUUGAACAGUCCUGAGGAAGAGUUGAAUAUGGAUUCUACUUUUCCCAGCUUUGGUUUGAUCCCUGAGGCUACUCCACCAAAUCAGGAGGACAUGCCUCCGCUGCCUCCCCUUCCUCCUAUGCAAUGGCUUAUGGGGAAGGUUCCACAUCCUUUUGGUUCUAAUUCUCUUAGUCCUACCUUCAUGGGAGAAUCAGUGGAAACCAGUAUUUCUGCUCCGGCGGCACCACCACCCAUUGGUUCUAGCUUGUAUGUUCCAUUUGAGACUACACCACCAGACCUGUCUGCAUCUCUAGGAAGUGAAAAAUCAGAAGAACUUCCUGGAGAGUUUGUGAACAAUGCAUCAGAAAAGUCGUUGCAAUCAUCCCCAGUCAUUGGCAAUGAUUUGAAUAGUCACGACAGUUUUGGCUCUCAGAAAACUGAGUCACCGAAUCUUUCUGCUGAGCUCCAUACAACACCUAAUCAGGAGCGUAUAGAGGAUUUGGGUUCUGAAGAUGACAAUCUUUUGGCUGACCAGGCAGCUCAGAACCACGAGCUCGUUUAUUCACAAGGCUCGUCAUUGCAGCCGUCUCAGGGUGCAUCAGCGAUAUGCGAAGAAGAUUCCAAGGACGACACAGAUGAACAUGCUUUGACGCCAACUCAAUCAACAAAGGUAGAAGAUAAUGGUCACUAUGUUCCUGAUGCCUCAAAUGCAGAAACAGCAGAACCAUCUACCUCGUCGGUUCAGAAGACAAUUCCUGUGUCAGUGGGAGAUGCUCUGUGGCCUGUCAGAUCAUUCACUGUUGCACCUACCUUGGACGCAAAUAAGCCAGAAGAGCUCCCUAUGGUUAAGCAUCCUCGGCCAAGAAGCCCGCUUGUUGAUGCCUUUGCAGCUCAUGACAGACGCACAAUGAAGAAAGUCUCUGAGAGAGUCCAACCACCAAUCAAAUCAAAGGAAGAUGACAAAGAUUCAUUGCUUGCACAAAUACGAAACAAGUCCAUUAAUCUGAAGCCUGCAGUAGCGACACGGCCCAGCAUCCACACUGGUCCUAAAACGAACUUAAGGGUAGCUGCAAUCUUAGAGAAAGCUAACACAAUACGCCAGGCAAUGGCUGGAAGCGACGAGGACGAAGAUUCAGAUAGUUGGAGUGACUCUUGA